AUGGAGCUGCAUGCCACGCCGGGACCUGAACUGAGAAGAGGUGAGAAGGUCAAGGGGCCACUCGGGCGAGACUCCGAAUCAAGCAUCAUCGGUGAGCGCGACCGUUGGCAGUUCGUGCCACUUGCCGGCGCUAACACAUCCCCCGGCAGCUCGAAACGUGGCGGCGGCACAGCCGCGAAGGAUUGGCCGGUGAUCUUGUCACAGAGAGGCGACAAUGUGACGAGAGCGACAAUUUUCUGCAGACACCGCGUGCGCGAGCAGGGCUUCGGAUGUAUAAGUGCGUAUCUUAUCACGCAGAAUAGGGGCUUGCUGCUGACCGUGCGCGGUAUGAUCAAGGUCGAGGACGUCGACGCUGUCUCAACUGUUUGA